AUGACUUCAAGUUCGAAAGAGAUAGAAGAGGCGCCCACAAAAAAACAACAAAGCCAGGAGGAUCAACAAUUAGAUCAGCAACAAUUUUCAGGUUAUUUAACAGAUAACGUAUGGUAUGAAAUAUUUCGUCAACUGCAUUGUGAUCUAGGAGAAUAUCUUUACAGUUGUUUAUUAGUGAAUACACAAUUUUUUCGUAAUGCAGUACCAUUUUUCUGGAGAGACGUGCAGAUAACAUAUUUUAGUCAACUCUCUUCUUUUGUUCGUAUUCUUGAGUCCGAAAAUCAAACUUUACAAUAUGCAAGAUAUAUUAGAACAAUUUAUAUAACAGCUAGAACUCCACGUACACCAAAUAAAACUCGUUCAGCUGAAUUGGCAAAUUUAUUAUAUAAAUUGGCUAGCAUUGAUGUUAAUUGGAGGUUAUUAUCAUUUAUAUUGGAUUUAGAUUGGAGAGAUUGCGAAGAACCUACUAUUUGGAUUAAUUUUUUUGCUAAAUUUGGAAAACAUUUGGAACUUGUUGCUUUACAUGGUUCUUCCCCUUUUUUGAGUGACGCUUUAUCUUUUUCAAUAGGAGAAUUUUGUCCUAACCUUAAAGUUCUUACUUUGGAAUCCCGAUAUUUUAACGGAUAUGGGAUUCUUAAUAUAGCCGAAAAAUGUCCUCUCACAGAAUUAAGUAUUUGGUGUCGUCAAGUAACAAGUUCUGUCAUUUUCUCAAUUCUUCAAGGAAGAUGUUCUCAAACGUUGCAAAAAUUAACAAUAAAAAACUGUGAUCUUGAUGAUAAACCUUUGUUAAGUUUAAUAACAACGCCAGGAGGAUACGACGAUGACGAUAUACCUAAUGCAAGUAGCAAUGAGAAUAUAACACGAACAUCAUAUUCUUCUUCGAAAGACAAUUCAUCAAAAAUAUCAAUAUUACCAAAAUUAAAAUCAUUUUCUUUUAUACAAUCUUAUGCAUUUUCAUCUAAUGCAUUGACUUCUUCUGGUUUAUUAAGAUUAUUGAGUACGUGUCCCAAUUUGACAGAAUUAACUUUGAUAGUUUCAAAUUCUUCAAAAAUUGUUAAUGAUAUUUCAAUAGAAAAAAUUAUUAAAAGAUUACCUUUAGAUAGUUUUGAAAUUGUCAAUCCUUAUAGUAAUCAACUACCCUUUCAUCAUUUAGACCAUUUUGAUGUUACUAUUGAAGGACUUAAAACGGCUAUUAAACAUAAACCUGAUUUGAGACUAAGAGUUGGUGCUUUUGAUAGUAUGAUAUCCUAA